AUGGACGACUCUCCACGAUCAACGAAACGAAGAAAGCUCGAUGCCCCCAAGCCCACCGAGUCGACCGCAUUGAGAAAGCCAUCGACAAGGAAACCUACUGGCAGGCUGGCCAAGCCACCUCUCAGCAAUCCAGACGGUGGCAAAUCAUCAAAGGUUGAUAAGAAACCUGUCAGGGCAGCCAAAGGGAGGACGUUAAAGAGCGCAACAAAUGGCACAGCUGCGAAGCCGGCGACAACGAAAAACGUGGACGUUUACGACGAUUUUGAAGGCGCAUUCGAUAUAGAAGUACCAUCCAAAGCGAACCGUCAACCACCACAGGCAGCGCCACAGGGAAAUGUGGCAAGCGCUGCGCAUGUUCCAGACAAAUCACAGCCAGCCACUGCACCCAAACGUAGGAGGGGUCGACCUACCAACGCAGAGGUGGCAGCCCGGAACGCUGCGAAUGGAGAUACAAUCAAUGUUGUUCCUUUGGCGACACGCCCGGCGGCUGCAAAACCUAGCGCAAAGACUGCGCGCAAGCCAGCAGUCCCUCGAGCAAAAGCCCCCAGGAAGAAGAAGGAACCAAGCCCUAUUCCCGAAGAAGAAGAAGAAGAGGGUGAAGAGGACGAGCUGCAGGACUUCAACAAGGCUAUCACGCCUCCGAAGCCGCCUCUUGCUCGAAAGGCGGCGACGAGUACACGAAAGAAGGCGGUACCAAAGACGUCUGGUGUAGACGAAAUCACUGCUCCAGCAACAGCUCCUAGACGGCGCAAACUUACAACUAAAGCGACCAGUACAGAAGCGAGCGAGGGAGAUUUUGUAGGCACCUCCCUGACAAGAAACAAACGACUACCUGCGAGCACAACACGGCGCCUGAACCACACCGAUCACAUCGCAAACAAUGGCGAAGAGCGAUGGUCAGAUGUCGAAGGGCAGGCUGAUGCACACAAUGAUGACGACGAUUUGGAUGUGGAUGGCAACAGUGCCUUGGGUAGUGUUUUGGACCCUACCGAACCCAGUCCGUUCAAUAAGCCAACUUCGGCGCAAAAGACAGGUUCUGCUCUACCUCUCAUAUACAGUAACCUCGCGCCAGGUCACGAGUUAGAUUUGAUCAAGACCAUUGUUAUGGAACGAAUCACAGGCAAGCGCCCCUCACCUUUGAUUGGCUUGGACGAAGAAUACAAAUCGGUACACCAAGUUGUCGAACACACAGUCACUGCUGGCGAGGGUAACUCUAUGCUCAUCAUUGGCGCUCGGGGUAGUGGGAAGACGGCGCUGGUAAACAAGGUGCUGUCCGAAGUUUCCAAAGACAAUGGCGGACACUAUCAUGUUGUUCGACUAAACGGAUUUGUACACACCGAUGACAAGAUUGCGCUCCGAGAAAUAUGGCGCCAGCUGGGCAAGGAGAUGGAUAUCGAAGAAGAUGGCAGUGGGCCUGGUAAGAACUACGCUGACACACUAGCCACCCUGCUCGCUCUGCUCUCACAUCCGUCGGAACAGACAGGUGAAGAUUCAGAUCAAGUAGCCAAAGCAGUCAUCUUCAUCAUGGACGAGUUUGACCUCUUUGCCCAUCACCCUCGUCAGACACUGCUGUACAAUCUCUUUGACAUCGCACAAUCGCGGAAAGCUCCCAUCGCCGUUUUGGGGCUGACAACGCGCAUCGACGUAACUAAUACACUGGAGAAGCGCGUCAAGAGUCGAUUCAGCCAUCGAUAUGUGCAUCUCAAGCUAGCGACGUCAUUUACUGCUUUCCAGACCAUGUGCAAAGCUUGCUUGACAUUGGAGCCCGAACAAUUGAGCGUCAAGGAGCGAGGAAUUCUGGGAGGCGGAGCCAAGGGCACACCAAGUAAAGGACAAAAAGGCGAUGCAAAGCAAGACAUGGUCAGCGAAUGGAAUGCCAACAUCUCCAAACUCUUCUCAACCCCCUCCUUCCUAACCCAACAUCUCGCACCUUCCUUUUACCUUACAAAAUCAGUCCCUCAAGUCCUAACGUCCUUCCUUCUACCCACCGCAACACUCAACCCGGAAACCCCCUUCCAGCCCGGCUAUCUACUCAGCGCUCCAGACUCAAAGCUAUCUCUCGUGCCCUCCCUGUCAACACUCGCACUCUCUCUGCUUAUCGCUGCGGCCCGACUAGACAUUAUUCAUGACUCGGACACGUGCAAUUUCAACAUGGCGUACGAUGAAUAUGUUACUCUGGCUUCGCGAGCGCGUAUUCAAUCAGCAGCGGGCGGACUUAGUAGCAGUAGCGGGGCGAGCAAAGUAUGGGGUAAAGAUGUAGCGAGGCGCGAGUGGGAGGGCCUGGUGGAGCUGGGCUUGUGUAUGCCGGUUGUUCAGGGUCAGGUGGGCUCUUUUGGUAUGGUGAGAUGCGAUGUUGCGCUUGAGGAGGUGGGCGAGGUGCUCAAGGGGAUUAGGGGUGGAGAUAAGGGGCUGGAGAGGUGGUGUCGCAGUAUUUGA